UAUAGUCCUAUUAAACAGAGAUGGGGAUUUGGCAGAUUUUGUUAAAGCAUUUUCCAACACUGAAAACUCCUCAGGCCAAAAUGGUGAAGCAAAUGAAGUGACUUAUUAAUUUAUCUUACAUUUUAGUUGUUUGGUUCAAACCUUUCUCUUCGCUUACUGCAGAUAUUUGCUACCCGGGACGAAAUACAUUCAAUCAAUACAUUAAAGCACUAGUAGCAUACAUUAUAAGCUUCGUUUAAACUCUACCAGAAGGUGUGGCUCUCUCAUCCUGGUUUACAUCACUUCAAACAAACAAGUGUUGCCAAACCAAACCAGGGCAGCUCAACAUAAGAAGAAACAACCCCCUUACAGCAAGCACAGUUAUAAGAAGGUGUUAAAAAGAGGCCCGUAUUUCUCUUUUCUUAGCAUUCAGUGUGUUUGUUGACCUGUUUGCCAGCCCUUAUGGUGUUUGUUUGGCCUGGUCGGGUGGAUUUAAAUCACGGCACCUGGAGUUUCGCAUGUCACCACUAGAUGGCGCCCGUUAGACAACACUCAGCAGGCUAUAACAUUAAAUCUUACACAAGCUAAUUAAAAUGUAUCGUUUACAUAUGAUUGUUACAUUACUUUGAACGCAUUAUAUCAACUGAUCAAAUAGUAACCUAGACACAUUUUAAACAUAUUUCCAUCUUAUUACGUUAACUUUAGUGUUGUGUAAACUGCGACGUUUGUGAGUCUUCGGAAAUGUCGGUCAAACCAACCUCACAAUGGUUCAACUCGUUUUCCAGAAAUAUUCUUUAAAAUGACAUUAAUACACCAACAGUAGCAUAAACCUGAUAAAAGUUUAGAACCACCUGCUGCGGGUUUGUACACAGCGGUAUCCUGUAGCCACCGUGGCUGAAGUAGACUGUUUGAUAGUCAGCUUUCUGCAUAAAGGAAGUCCUGACAGAGACAACAGUGGACUGAGUAUAUCUGGUAUACGCCCCUUCCACACACCGGUCGGUCCCAACGCCUUGUGAACACAGACUGGCAGUGUUUUAGCGCCUGGGGCACCAUGACAUGCCUCCAACGACAACCUGGACUCAGCACAUCUGAGGAUUUACUCCACUGUGCGAGAAAGCAGAACGAGAUAGAAGCGAACCUAAAGCUCCUAGGUAUGGAGAUCGAUCCUGACCUCCAGUUCCUCCUGAAAGGGGGACAGCUUGUCAAGAUCCGCUCUGCGUCCUGGAAGAAAAAACGUUACUUCAGACUGCAGGAGGACUGCAGGACCAUGUGGCAGGAAUCAAUGAAGACCUUCAAGACAAACCAGACCUUUGCACUUGAUGAUGUCUCCGAAGUGCGAAUGGGCCGUCAUUCAGAGGCCUUGAGGAAAUAUACAGAAGAGCAGGAGGAGGGCUGCUGCUUCUCCAUCAUGUUCAAGGGCCGCCAGAAGACCCUGGACCUCAUCGCCAGCUCCACCGAGGAGGCCAAGCAGUGGGUCAACAGUCUGGACAAAAUCAUCUCAAACAUAAACAACCUCGACUCCCAGCAGAAAACAAAGCAUUGGAUCUUCAGCUGCCUGAAGAAAGCAGACAGGAACAACGAUGAUAAACUGAGUCUGCCAGAAGUCAAGAACUUUCUCAAUAUGAUCAACAUGGACCUAGAUAGCUGCUACGCAGAAAUGCUCUUCAAGAAAUGUGACACAUCUAAAUCUGGAUUCCUGGAUGGAGAGGAGAUUAAACAUUUCUAUGAGCUGUUGACUGAUCGGGAGGAAAUCGACGUGAUCUAUGCAGCAUAUGCUAAAACAUCAGGCUAUAUGAGUCCUGAAAACCUGGUGGACUACCUGCUGAAGGAACAGAUACAGAAAGCCACACUGGCUGAUGCGCAUAAGAUCAUUGAAACGUACGAGCCAGAUGAAAAUGCCAAGGAGAAGAAGCUGCUGUCCAAAGAUGGCUUCCUCAUGUACCUGCAGAACCCCAGCACCAUGAUCCUCAAUCCUGAACACAAAGAUGUGUACCAGGACAUGAGCCAGCCCCUUAACCACUACUUCAUAUCUUCCUCACACAACACCUACCUUAUGGAGGAUCAGCUCAAAGGGCCAAGCAGCACGGAGGCUUAUAUCAGGGCUCUGCUGAGGGGCUGCCGCUGCGUGGAGAUGGACUGCUGGGAUGGAUCAGAUGGUGAGCCAGUGAUCUACCACGCCUACACGCUCACCUCCAAGAUCCUCUUCAAAGAUGUGAUCAGAACCAUCAAGGAGUAUGCCUUUAAGACGUCCGAUUACCCCGUGAUCCUCUCCUUGGAGAACCACUGCAGUCUGGAUCAGCAGGAGGUCAUGGCCCACCACCUGAGCUCCAUCCUGGGCAGUGCACUUGUCACCUCUCCUCUGGGGAAGGGAAUGCCCACACGCUUCCCAUCUCCUCAGGAGCUAAAGCGGAAGUUCCUACUCAAAGGGAAGAGGUUAAGCAAACUGCAGCAGCCAGAGGCAGAUGACACUAAUGUGACAGAGGAGGAAGAGUCCAAUGAUGAAAAUGAACACAGGGGGGAAGAGAAAAAGAAGAGGAAAAAAAAGAUUCAACUAGCAAAAAAGCUGUCGGCCAUGGUGAUCUACUGUGUGAGCGUCCAGUUCCACAGCUUUGAGGACUCCAGGAAAAACCAGAGCUUCAAUGAGAUGGCGUCCUUCAAGGAGAGAAAGGCCACGAACCUGGCAGAGGACUCAGUUAACUUCUUCAUCCGUCAUAAUGUGGAAAAGCUGAGCCGCAUCUAUCCAUCAGGCUCCAGGACCAACUCAUCCAACUACAACCCAGUUCCCUUUUGGAACGCCGGCUGCCAAAUCGUGGCUCUAAACUUCCAGACGGCCUGCACAGGCAUGGAUGUGAACCAGGGCAGAUUCAUGGUAAAUGGAAAGAGCGGCUACAUCCUGAAACCGGCCUACAUGAGGGAUGUAGCCACAGAAUUUGACCCCAUCACGCUGGCCCGAGGACAGUGGCUGAAGCACAAGGUGUUCCAUGUCAUGAUUAUAUCAGGCCAGCAGCUGAGCAAGAAUGAAUCCUCCAUAGCGGACCCGCUGGUUAAGGUGGAGGUCUAUGGAGUGCCAGCCGAUGUUGCUGAGAAAGAAACCAGUCAUAUUGAAAACAAUGGUUUUAACCCUGCGUGGAAUGAAAGCUUCCAGUUGGAUGUGUAUGUGCCCGACCUGGCCUUGGUGCGCUUUGUUGUGGAAGACUAUGACUAUGUGACUGACAAUGAUUUCAUUGGACAAUACACACUUCCAUUCAACAGCUUAAAAAUGGGAUACAGGCAUGUGCCUUUGUUCAAUCAGGACGGAGACCCCCUCCCCUCAGCUCGACUCUUUGUACACAUCAUGGUCUUUGAUGCAGAGUAGCACAUACAUCACUGGUACUGUAUACAACUGAUGGUAAUGAAGUUUUGUAUUAUUAUUGCGAUUAAUUUAUUGGCUUCAUUUCAGUAGUGUGAGCAGUUCGUGUUAAUGAACACCACGUUCUCAAGGAACAGCAGUGUCGGUUGAAAGAUCUGGACAUGAGUGGGAGGUGUGAGGUGGAUAUAGAUUAUGUAUGGAAAUACUGUGGAUACA